AGAACUCUUUUGCAUAGCAUUUGUAGACAUGAAGUCCCUUUGUGCUAUCUUAGCUCUUUUCUCUCUUCUUUUGUUUGCCAAAACUAUAGAUUCAAGAAGAGAUGUCGGGAAAUACUGGAAAAAUGUCAUGAAAGAGCAACCUAUGCCACAGGCAAUUGAAGGCCUCCUUGUUGAUAUUUCUGAUUCAACAGCAAAAGAGAAAGCCAACUGCCACGAAAAAGUGAAAAAACCUUUUGUUGAGGUUGAGGUGGAGGUUGAGGAAUUUGAACCCAGACCCAGUACCACAUCCUACAAUGAUCAUGAAACUAAAGCGAAGCUCUCUUCCAAAGACAAUGCUGGUCCCAAAGCUAAGCAGUCAUUUGCAGCCAAAGAAGAUAAGCAGCCUUUUGAGGAAGAUUUUGAGCCAAGGCCAAAUCUUUCGGUUUACAAUGACUAAGAGGUUGAAUUAUUGCAAUCCUGCGGUGUUAUUGUAAAAUAUAAUAAGCUUGCCGGGCUUGUACAUAGCUUCUAAGCUUCUAUGUACUAAUAAAAAAAGCCAUUGGCUCUAAGAGAAAGUCUCUGUUUUAUGUAUGUUUCAUGUACGUAUAGCUAAGUCAUGAAUGUAAUUUUCAAUUCUAAGUUAAUAAAAGGAAUGCUUUGGCCACCAUGAAUGUGGUUUUGACAAUA